UGACACAAGAGCUUAAUGCCACUGAGAUAGGUUUUGCAAAGUGCACUGGUGCCUUUAAAAUGUGACAUAUUAGUAGAAGUUAGUGUUCAUUUUAGGGUGGAAUAGGUAAACUGAUGCCCUUGAAGGGUUAUAGGAAACGGUUUUUCUUCUGCCAUGGGGAUGGCACUAAAUGUCCUGUGCUGAGCUAGUUUCUUUUCCUGCAGGAUUAUUCCCACCAGCUCGUCUGCAUGACUGAAAGCGAAAGGAUAGUUGUGCCAGUUCGGGCCAUUGGUGGCCGAGCUAUCCUGAACUUCCCUGACCAGCUGGACUUCUCGGCCUGUCCGGUCAAGUACAGCACCCAGAAGACUCUGCUGGUUCGCAAUGUCGGUAACCGGGCAGCUCAUUACCAGCUGAGCACCCAGAGUCCUUUCUCCGUGGUUCCGACCACGGGAACUCUGGGCGCUGGCGACAGCAUGCGGGUGACAGUGGGAUUUCACCCGCUGACGACCGGUGACCAUUCCGGGUGGCUGUGCUGCAACACCGGUGAAGAAACUAUCCACACAGAGCUCCACGGAGAAGCUGGAGCUGUCCGUGUUGGGUUGAGCACAAAUUUCGUGGAGGUUGAGACGACUUUCAUCACCAUGUCCAACCACGCAACCAUGUUCAUUAAAAACAGGAGUAACGUCACAGCCCACUUCCAGUGGAAGGCUUUUCCUACUGAGGAAGAAGAGAAUAAAGAGAAGAGGAGGUUGGUCUGACAGAUCCAUUUCAGUGAGAUACACGGCCCACGGCUAAAACUGACGUGUGGCCUCAGGGGGGUGUUGGUGCUUUUGAGUGCUUUAGGCCAAGGAAACCAUGCCUGGCUCUCAGGUGUGUGUCCCUGCUGGCUUCAGGAGCUCAGCACUUAGCAUUCCAGUUCCACUUAUUCUCCAACCAAGGAUGGCAUUUUGGGAAGGAAAGGUUGGUUGCAAUGACUGGAUUUCCUCAAGUUCUCAUUGGGCUUUUGCCUCUCUGAUCUUCUUCCUCCAUGGCCUGGCAACAUCCUUCAACAGCUCACCCUCUUUCCAAAGGUGAUACACCCUCUUUUUUUCCCUUAGUUCCUUCAGAAGCUCCUUGCCCAUCCAGGCUGGUUGUCUUCCCUGUCAGCUCGCCUUUCAGCACACAGGGACAGUCUGUUCCUGUGCCUUCAAGACUUCUUUCUUGAAGUAUGUCCAUCCUUCCUGGACCCCUUUGUCUUUAAGGGCUGUUUCCCAGGGUUCUCGCCAAAUCAGUCUCUUGAACAGGCCGAAUCUGCCCUCCAGAAGUCCAGAGUGGAAGUUUUGUUGAUGCCCCUCCUUGUUUCACCGAAUAUUGAGAACUCUGUUCUUUCACGGUCACUGUAGCCCAGACAGUGGUGAACAGAUGAAGUUCAUUUAGUCAUUAGGGAACUUCCUGGUGAUAUCCCUGCUGUACCUGGACCCCAGGGAGGCAGCAGACUGCCCUGUGGAAUGGAUCCAGUCGAUCUACAGGGCCCUCAGCUCCCCUUAGAAGGGAGUCACCUACUACCACUACCCUUCUUUUCCUCUUAAUGCUUGAGGCUGUGAUCUGUGUGACAGAGCAAGUGCAGCUGGGAGACUCUCCAGGCAGAAUUUUUUCUGUAGUGUCAUCUGGCAGAGCCUCUGGAGCCAAGCCUCAUACCUAUUCUGUCAGGGUACCUGGGUAGGUGGUGGGGGUCAGGACGGAAUUUUAUGACCUCCCCAGCAGAGACCCAUUUCCAUUCCCCACUGUCUCCUAGGUCUCCUCCUUCUGCCUGAUGCCAAGAAGGGCAGGGCUCCUCUGGCUCCUGCUGAGCUUCUCUCAGGGUUGGACGGCUGUAACUCCACCAGUUUAUUUCUGUGUCGCUCUCCCUAAUGCUCCUCAGCCUUUCCACUUCUUCCUUAAGCUCUGCCACCGGGCAGAGCAGAUCAUUCAGCUGCCCACACCACACGCAGGUGUCUUUUGCACUUCCUCUGGUAUUAACACCAGGCUCAGACCCUCCCUGCAGCCAGGGGCCUGGACAGCUGCGUCCUUCCUGGGGGGUUCUGUUUGACUUAGUGCACUCCUGCUGGCAGCAGCAGCAGCAGCAGCAAUGGCUUUUCAUCAUUUGUAAACCAUAGCUGGGGGAAAUAAAAAAAGCAGAAAGAAGAAAGAAGAAAUCCCUGUCCCUACCCCUGUCCCUGUCCCUGCCCCUGUCUGUCGCAGCCGCCCGCCCAUCGAUGGCUGGGCGCUCCCCGCCCUCCCCCAUCGCACUCCCUGCCGCCGCCUGCAGACUUUUCCCGCCCCGGCCCAGUCUCUCCUCAGCCAGUUCGCACAGCGGCAGCGGCGGGAGGGCCGGCAGCGGGCCGACACCCAGGCAGCCGGGGCCUUCGGCCGGCAGGGCGAGAGCCCGCUGCAGAGGCAGGGCGGGCACGCUUAGCGCCCUCCCUUUCCCAAGGAGCUUGCUCCUCGGCUCUCGCCGAGCCUUCUGCUUUGCCGGCCUUCCUUCCUUGCUGCUCAGCCCCGGCCCCGGCCGAGCCUGCGGCGGGACGGCAGCGGGGGGAGCGGCUGAAGGCAGGGAGCCACAUUCCACACUCCAUUUCCCAGCUGUUGGUGCCGUUGGUGCCUCCGAGUUCUGCUUGCCCAGCCCCAGGGACGCUCUCCUGCCCCUGCACGCUCAGCCAG